ACCAUGUGAUGUCUCUUUAAGAUGUUGCUUAGAGUAGUCUCAGUAAUGUGUUAUCAUGGAGGAACUGUAACGUAGGAAAGGGUAAACGGGCACUGAAACUGGAGGCAUUUAACAGUAAAAGAGCUGUGCACGCUUUUAAAUCUCUCGGAGCGCACUCUGUGAAGUUAAAGAAGACAAAAGAGAUUUUUUUUCUAGGAGCUUGGUAAGACGGACUUACUUUAUAAUGUCAGUUACGACGUCUCGGGGUGUUCCCUAAAUCGAUGCUGUACAACUUCGCCAAAGUUCUGAUUUGGUUCAGCUGAAUAUGGUCUUGUAAUUGGGGGCGUCCGCUGCAAAAAGUGGCAGUCGAUGAAUAUUAGUAGUUUGAGAUCUUCAACUCUACGUUGCUUAAUGAAGAUGGCAGAUAAUAACGAACUUAUUGGCGCUUCAGAGUUUAUAAAAGAUCGAUUAUAUUUUGCUACAUUGAGAAACAAGCCUAAAAGUACAGUAAACACCCAUUAUUUUUGCACGGACGACGAAUUUGUAUAUGAAAACUUCUAUGCAGAUUUCGGACCUUUGAAUUUGGCGCUGUUGUACAGAUACUGUUGCAAAUUAAACAAGAAGCUAAAAGUAAUAACCUUAGUAUCCAGGAAAGUUACAUUUUUUACUGGUUCUGGGCAGAGGAGGUCUGCAAAAUCCAUGUUUCUGUGUGGAUGCAUGAUGGUAAUAUAUUUAAAGAAGACACCAGAAGAUGUGUAUCGAUCACUUGUAUCUGGUUCAAAUCCCCCGUAUUUGCCAUUCAGGGAUGCUUCAUUUGGCAACUGUACAUACAACCUAACAAUUUUAGACUGUUUACAAGGAAUUAGGAAGGCUUUACAGCAUGGCUUUUUUGAUUUUGAAUCAUUUGACGUAGAUGAAUAUGAACAUUAUGAGAGGGUUGAAAAUGGUGACUUCAAUUGGAUAGUCCCAGGAAAAUUUUUAGCAUUCAGUGGCCCACACCCAAAGAGCAAAGUGGAAAAUGGUUAUCCUCUUCAUGCACCAGAGGCAUACUUUCCCUAUUUUCGAAAACACAAUGUAACUUCAAUUGUAAGAUUAAACAAGAAAAUUUAUGAUGCAAAACGUUUCACGGAUGCUGGUUUUGAACAUCAUGACCUUUUCUUUGUCGAUGGAAGUACACCUAGUGAUGCUAUCCUACAGAGGUUUUUGAAUAUAUGCGAGUCUACAGAAGGAGCUAUCGCUGUCCAUUGUAAAGCUGGUCUUGGAAGAACUGGAACAUUAAUAGCGUGUUACCUGAUGAAGCACUACAGAUUCACAGCUGCAGAAGCCAUAGCCUGGAUCAGAAUAUGUCGCCCAGGAUCAAUCAUAGGACCACAGCAGCAUUUUCUAGAAGAGAAACAAGCCAGUUUGUGGUCCCAAGGAGACAUUUUCAGAUCCAAGCAAAACCAACGGCAGCUGAAUGAUAUUGGAGUGUCCAGGAUAAUUUCUACUGUAGAAGACAUUUCCCUUAAUGAGAGCUUUAAAACUAAAAGUCUGGAUAAGAUUGAUAAUCAUGAGUACGAAAAUGAUGGGUGUUCUAAAAACUACGUGACCCAAGGGGACAGACUUCGUGCCUUAAAAAGUCGAAGGCAUCCACGCUCUGCUACAACUGGUGCACUAAGGCUGGAUGACAUGAAAGUGCACACAAGAUCAUCAUCUCAACCCUUCAGAGUUGUGUCAUCAACUGGCAUUCAGGGUUCAAUGUCUCCCCUAAAAUCAUCCAAGGUUCCAGUAGUGAGUUCUCCCACUGCAAAAAGAAUAAAUAGAAGCCCAACAUCUGCAAACUCUAACUUCAAAAGCUUUCCCAUUAACUCCAGGCUAGCCAGUUCCCUAGGGAACCUGUAUGCAGCAUCAGAUGACACAGAGAGUAAAGUGACUUCAUCCACAUCUAGAACAGGUUAUGCUCUUAGGCAUUCUACCAGCCAUUUAAAUGGCACUGCACAGAUGUCUCCUAGAAAUUACCGUGAGCUCAACAACAACCACUACAACAGAAGCAGCAAUACUGGCACCACCAACAAUGGUCACAUCAGUUCUCAGAACAGCCACCCAGAUGAUUAUAGCACCUACCGACCCAGCUAUACUGGUCUUGCAUCAUCUACAGCGCGAUACCUGAGCCGAUCAAUCCCUGUAAGUUUAAUACAUCGGCUUUGUAUUACAAAGCUGCUUCAGAGUGUAUACUGUUCCUCAGCCUCUUUGUUGCUGUACAGAGCUUUUAAAUGUACUACCAGUAGUUUGAUCUUUUUUGAUUCAGUUAUUGUUUAUUAAUAACGUGUGAUUAUU